GCGCGCCGCGCGGCCGAGCUGGGCGCCAGGGCCGCCGUGGUGGAGAGCCACAAGCUGGGCGGCACUUGCGUGAAUGUCGGAUGUGUACCCAAAAAGGUAAUGUGGAACACAGCUGUCCACUCUGAAUUCAUGCAUGAUCACGUUGAUUAUGGCUUUCAAACUUGUGAGAGUAAAUUUAAUUGGCGCGUUAUAAAGGAAAAGCGGGAUGCCUACGUGAGCCGCCUGAACACCAUCUAUCAAAAUAAUCUAACCAAGUCCCAUAUAGAAAUCAUCCAUGGCCGUGCAGCAUUCACGUCUGAUCCCAAGCCCACAAUAGAGGUCAAUGGGAAGAAAUACACCGCUCCCCACAUCCUGAUUGCCACAGGUGGCAUGCCCUCACGUCCUCAGGAGAGCGAGAUCCCCGGGGCCAGCCUAGGAAUAACCAGUGAUGGAUUCUUUCAGCUGGAGGACUUGCCUCGCCGCAGUGUCAUUGUUGGCGCGGGUUACAUCGCUGUGGAGAUAGCUGGGAUCCUUUCAGCUCUGGGUUCUGAGACAUCACUAAUGAUACGGCACGAUAAGGUACUUAGAAAUUUUGACUCAAUGAUCAGUUCAAACUGCACCGAAGAGCUGGAGAAUGCUGGCAUAGAGGUGCUGAAGUACUCACAGGUCACAGAAGUUAGAAAGACUUCCUCAGGCCUGGUGCUCUCCGUGGCUACUAAAGUUCCUGGUGGGGAGCACACCUCGAGCUCCAUUCCAGGUGUUGACUGCCUGCUCUGGGCCAUUGGGCGGGACCCGAAUUCCAGGGACCUGAAUUUAAACGCACUGGGGAUCCAAACUGAUGACAGAGGUCAUAUCAUAGUAGAUGAAUUCCAGAAUACUAAUGUAAAAGGUGUCUACGCAGUUGGGGACGUGUGUGGAAAAGCUCUCCUUACUCCAGUUGCAAUAGCUGCUGGCCGAAAACUUGCCCAUAGACUUUUUGAAUGCAAAGAAGAUUCCAAAUUAGACUAUGACAACAUCCCCACAGUGGUCUUCAGCCACCCACCUAUUGGGACAGUGGGACUCACGGAAGAUGAGGCCAUUUAUAAAUAUGGAAAAGAAAAUGUGAAGAUCUAUUCAACCACCUUUACCCCAAUGUAUCAUGCAGUUACCAAAAGGAAAACAAAAUGUGUAAUGAAAAUGGUUUGUGCCAACAAAGAGGAAAAGGUGGUUGGGAUCCAUAUGCAGGGCAUUGGGUGUGAUGAAAUGCUGCAGGGUUUUGCUGUGGCAGUGAAAAUGGGAGCAACAAAAGCCGACUUUGAUAAUACGGUUGCUAUUCACCCUACCUCUGCAGAAGAAUUGGUCACGCUUCGUUGAGAACCCAGAGACUCGUAUGGCUGGCAGCUGGACCAGUAGAUCUUCUGAGAUGAACCAAAUAGUCACAUUUACUUACGUUCCCAUUUUAUGUAUUGCUUUAUUGUAAUUAGGACCUUCUGAUAGUGGACAUGUUCAGUAAAUAGUAGAACUUAUUUAUGGAAUUGGAAAUUUGUUUUGUUAUCCAAUGUUGAUGUUCAUUUGAUCACAUCUCACAAUAGUUACUAUUUUUAAGUUUUUAUUAACAUCUCUGUGCUAGCUGGUUUUUCGUUUUAUUCUUUUUUGUUUUUGUUUCAGCCUCAUCCCAAGUAUAAAACUAUAUGAAAUAUAGUUAAAUUAAUGUACUUGAAUAAAUACAGCUUGUUAAUUUUUAUAGAGGAAGAUGACAGCAGCUCUUCACAUUUAAAUAAUGCAAGUGCACAGAAUCUUUUUUUUUUUUUGAAUCCAGUACUGUGCUCUGCAUAUUGUCAAGCUGCUUCAAGGAUGUGACCUUUCUCUGAAAGCAUAUAACAUGACAGGCCUGCCUCCCUUAUUUUAUUCUUUCUUUUAAGUGAUUAAAAAUUGUGUGUGUUACUUUUAUGAGAUGAGGUACGUCAAACUCGGGAAAGAUUUGAGGAGGCUGGUUAUAUAAGUGAGGAACAUUUUAGAAGUGAUUCCUGCUUUCAGGAGAGGCACUCAAACACUUCAGAAGUCCCUUCCUCUGCUAAGAGUUCAUAGUUCAAUGAAUGAUUUCAAUUUUUGUGUGUUCUUGUCAUUUUAUUUUUUCUGAAAAUUUCUGAAAUACUUCCAAAAAUUUGAAAAUAAAAUCACAGCCUUUUCUUCUUA